AAAGAUUUGAAUUGAAUUGGCAUUAGCCUAAUUUUUGUUUAAACAUAUCAUAAAACAAAAUCUGAAUAACUUAUCUGGUUGAUAAAAAAAUGAAAUUUAACUAACUUACAUUAAAAUUAACUUACUUUUUUUACUUCAUUCAUGAAGUGGCAGUAGACUUUCCCAGACAUAUGGAAAAUGAACAUAAGUGCAUCACAGUAAAGCGCCAUAAAUUAUCCUAUAUAAUACUUAAACAACAGCUAAAAAAGAACAAGCUCAAUAUUCAAGAACAACUACCUAAAUACCUUGGAGAAGUAAAACUACUGACCACACCAUGUGUAAUAGUGGAGACCGAAUUGUUGGGAAAAGCUGCUUUUGGAGCGAUGAUGAUAGUAAAGCAGUUCUCUGUGCACUGCUGCCAACAUACAGCCAAACCUAUCAGUGGUUCAGAGUGCUUUAAGUCAAUGCUGGGCGAGAAUAAUUCAUCCAGGUAUGUGAUAGCAACUCAAGAUCGUGAGUUGCAGGACUUUGUGCGGAAUGUUCCAGGAACACCUUUGUUGUAUCUCCAUCAGCACACACCUCACUUGGAAGAACCUUCUGUUGUGACUACCAGAACUGCAUCCGAAAAAGCCAACUCCCAGUUUGGAAUUAGUAGAUUUGAUGACGCCAAAAUAUCAAGUUUAAAGUCAGCAGCUUUUGGGGAUAAAUCAGAAGAAAAACCUAGAAAAAGAAAAUUCAAGAGUGGACCUAACCCCCUUUCCUGUAAAAAGAAAAAGAAGAAACUCGCCCUCUCUGGAAGUGACACUAAAACCUUAGAUGAACAAGACCAAAAUACACGCAAGAAAAGGAAAAGAAUCAAACUUCCUAAACAUGUAAAAGAAUGUUUAAUUAGCAAUUCUUAAUAAACAGUUUUAUUUUUA